UGCUCUUACAUUUUUGCGAGCACAAGCACAACUCACAUUUUGAAAAAGCCCUGCCAAACCCCCUCAGGCAGAAGUGAGGGUUUCUGGGCGCGUAUUCAUGGCGACCCUCGGCGAAAGCUCAUCGGCUCCGCCAAAAUCCACGGACGACAAGCCUGUCAUCGUUAGGGUUAAGCGCAAAACCUUUCAGUCUCCACUCGAUGCUUUCUGGCUUGAAAUCAAUGAAAGGCCACUGAAGCGUCCGUUGUUGGAUUUUGAGAAUUUGUCGAUUUCGGAUUCAGCUGAGAAAGGGGAAUUCAAGACUAAGAAGGUCCUGGUGCAGCAUGUCGAGACAUUAAGUAGCUCUGAGAAAACCAUUGACAUUGUCCAAUCAUUUGUGGAGUCCAGUUUUGCUGAUGUAUCCGAAGGUGAAAGAAAGGGCGAAGAACGAAGGCUCACUUUUAAAAAGGGAAAUCAGAAACAAGAUCAGCUGUUGUCUAAAGCCCGACAAGAACAGGAGGUCUUAGCAAAAAAUGCUCGUUUUGAACAAAUAUGGAGGAGCAGAAAAGGAAACCAAGAGGCAAUGCAUAAUAAAGAACUAGAUGAAAUGUGUCGGUUUUAUGAUGUCGUUCGUGUUGAUGUUGAGGAAAGAUCUGAGGAGGUGAAGCAGCAGGAAGAUAUAUCAUUGGAGGAUCAUAUGCUUUUGUCUAGUUAUCUGCCUCUACUAAGAGAGAUGAUUCCAUCUGCUGCUUCAGAGAUUGAAUCUGACUUACAUGCUUCCAUGUCAAAACAAGCAGCAGAUGAUUAUGUAUAUGACUUUUAUGCUGUAAGGGAUGACAUGGACGUAGUUCAUGAAGAAGCUUCUUACCCGUUUCCUAUCGUACAGGUUGAUGAAGAGGAUUAUUAUGAUGGGCCCGAUGAAUCAGAAUAUGAGACAGAUGAUUCAAAUGCUGAAAAUAAUCCACUAAACGAUUAUCCUGAUGAGAUAUCUGAAGAGGAAGAGGAAGAGAAGAGUGAAGCCUCUGAAAAUGAGUCAGGAGAACUUGAAAGUGAGAGUGGAAGUGACAAAUCAUUGGAAUCUGAGGACUUGGACAACCAUGGCUUGUCAAAUGAUGCAGACCUAUAUGAUGAUGACAUUGCUGAUGAUGAUAUUUCUGAUGGUGAUUAUUUUGAUGUUGAUGAUGAUGAUGAUGAUGAUGAUGGUAAAGAUUGGAGAUGAUCCUAUAGAUGAACAUCAGUUUUUGUGGAUAGCCAAUCUUGUUUUUAGGAGUUGUAAUUUUGGCCCGUUUAGUGCUGUGAUCAUUGCUCCUGUAGUGUUAGUAAAUUGUUGUUAGAGGAGGUUAGUCUGGUUAGUCAUUGUAUAGUCUGUAGACUUCUAACAUGGGCCUAGCAGUAUCUGUUGUGUUUUGUGGACCUUGCCCAUUUUGUUCAUUGCAGAUUUUUCCUUCCUUGCCUCCAUGAAUUGCAGGUGCUGACAUGUUUUCAGUUGUAUGU